AACCUUUCGUUUCUUUUUAUCAACGAUCUUUACCACGCUGUCUACAGUUCAUAUUCUGAUUUUGGUCUUCAAUUGCAACAUUUGUCUUGCACCUUUCACAGAUGACCGAGUCUUUGAGAAUUACCAUUUAUUUUUUUCAUUACACAAGGACUGUAGGGAAAAGGAUGUGACUGCACACGACUUCUAUGUUUUUUUUAAAAUUCCCAAUAAGGAGUGAAAAAACAACAACAAACGGGGAUGUAAAACAUAUUCCAGCAUUCUGAAUGUGAACAACGAAUUUAUUUUAUGCUUGUGUGACCUUGAUCUCUUACAUUUAUCAUCAUGUCACCUUGGGAACUUUUGACCUUUUUACUGGUGGGCAGUGUUUGUCUUGGAUCGUUAGUUGAUGGUCAAAAGAAAAACAAACCCCCAAGAUGGAAACCCAAGUCACGGCCAUUUAAUGGAGACAACAUCAUCGCUAUGUCAUCAGGGAGUGAUAUCAAAAUUAGCUGUCCAGCAUACGGGAACCCAAAGCCAAAAAUAACCUGGUACAAAGAAGAGAACUUGUUUGAUGCCAGUCAGAGACCAAAGACAAAGGCCAGGCACUUUGCCUUGACCCUUUAUGACGUACAGACAUCAGACAGUGGGAAAUACAAAUGUGUGGUCCAAAAUUCUCUAGGCAGCCUAGAAUUUACAUUCAUUGUAGAUGUUAUACGAACCUCAUGGCCACUAGAGUUAGAAGAGCCACGGAAUGCCACGGUAAUGGAGGGAGAGAGGGUGGUGUUCCGAUGCCGAGCCUUAAAUGACCCAUAUGCCACCACUCAGUGGAUAAAGCGGAACACUGAUGGUGGAGACUCAGGUGGUUCAAAUUGGGUUUUUCUUCCAAGUAAUGGACCAGAAAUACUUAUAGAGAACGCUAGACCAGAAGAUGCAGGAAAAUACACAUGUAUGGUAGGCAAUUAUAUCGGAAUAAAGUCAGUUGAUGUGUGGUUAACAGUGAGACAGACUACGACGACAACAACCAGCACCACUCAAACCAGCACCACCACCACCGAAAGAAAAAUCACUACCAGCACAACCAAUGCACCGCUACCAACUACAACUGUGAAAACAUUCCCUAACCAACCAGACACCACUGAUGAUGAGGAUCUGGAGGGAGGAAGUCGAAAUGUUAUGGAUGACGAUAUUUACUCAAAUUCUGGUAACCCUGACAACGACAGACUGCCCAUCAAUAGGGACACCUAUCAGGAUUUCCCCGCGGGGACGCAGCAGCACGCUGAGGAGGAGGAAGGAUUGAGUGCAAGGACGAUGUAUACUAUCGUGGGUAUUGUGGCUGGAGGGACUCUUCUGGUGGGACUGGUGGUAAUCCUGGUGGCGCAUUGUUAUAAUCGUACCAAGGAUCGUAUCGUAUCAAUGGAUACAAAGACACCCCCGUGUGAAGAGAGAGUGAGCUCUUUGUGAAGCAAAAUAAUUUGUUUUUGCACAUUUAUAAUGCCCAUCAUUUGCUACAAGAUAGCAAGCAAUGGUUUUGACUCAGUUUAACAGUGGAGAGACACUCAAAUGGAGGGCAGCAUUAAAUCUGGAAGAUUUUGUGAAUAUUGAAAAGAAACUUGUAAAAAGAUGUUUACAGUAUGAACACUACACAACGAAACCAUUUUUUCAACCAACAUGUAUCGUAUAAUUUACUUAUAUGUAACGCAUCAUUUUGAUUGUCAGAUUAAGUAUUUAUAUGUGUUUUUGAAAAGAUCAUUGUUCAUUUUUUUGUCUUUUAUUGUAUAAUUUACUUGGUGCAUGUUAUAUGUACAUUCUGGUCAGUGUACAAUAAUGGGUUGAUAUUGUUAAUUUCUUGUCUUGAAGCA